AUGAUGCAAAGAUUUGCUAGUUUGAGGGCUCCAGUGAGCAAGUUACUUACUCCACGUCCGGCCUUUGCCUCAAUCCCAAGACUAUUCAGCACCUCCACCAUUUCACAACAGGCUGCCGCUGAACCCGAGGCCAAGACCGUCACAGAUUUAACCCCGUUGAAGUUAUCCCCAUCAGCCUCCUUAUACGCCACUAUCAAGGUUCACGGCAGACAGUUUUUGGUCACCGAGGGUGACAUCAUCAAUUUGCCAUACAACGUGAAGGAAGCCGACAUCGGUGACAAGUUGCAUUUGAACGACGUUGUCACCAUUGGUAACAGAGACUUUACCUACCACCAGAGCGAGGGGAUUAGUCAGGACUUGUACAAGAUCAGCUGCACUGUCAUCGAAAAGACCAAGAAGCAAUUGUCGAAGAGAAUCAUCAAGCAGAAGAGAACCAGAGAGUACAGAAGAGCCUUUAACAAGUCUCCAUACACUGUGGUCAGGGUAAACGAGUUGAAGUUGAACUAA